UACAGCAUCAACAUCAUAGCCAAUUGAUGCCGCACUAUUCUGUGUGAGAAGGCUACACGACUGUCUGGCGUUGUCUUUACUUCCCUCCCUUUCCUCUAAAGAUGGCAUGACAGCUCUCGACCAAAAUCACCGAUUAUGCCGAUAUGGCCUACAGACCUUCCUUUAGCAUCUCGCUCGUUCUCCCUCUCCUCCUGUCCCUUUCUCUGUUUUCCUCCUUCCAAUCUCAGACUGCCCUUGCCAUCAACCCAAUAUCAGAGUCCGAUGGUCCCCUCCCUCCGAAUUUCACUCCAGACGAACGACAACGACAGAACUACUGGAAAGAAGGAGGAAAUGACGUUGUACACGAGAUAUGGUCAAUCCUACGCGACUACGAGCCAACAUGGAAGGACAGUGUGUCUUCAUCCCACCCGACCGGGUUUCUACACACCACCUGGUAUUAUAUCAAGGUCAUCUUCCGGGUAUUGUUCAUGAAUACGCCCACUCGACAUGAUGAAGACACCGACCGUACACCAGUCAUCACGGGAGAUUUGGCCAAAGGCGUUGAAACGCUAGAGACCGCAGCUGCUUUCGAUGAUCCAGAUGCAUUUUAUCUGCUGGCUGAGAUGAACUUCUAUGGCAACUUUUCGAUCCCAAGAAACUUGCGGAAAGCCCAACAAUGGUAUCAGAAAUUGGCCGACCUUGAUGGAAACAGUACUGCUCAGCACAUGCUUGGUUUGAUGUAUGCCACGGGUGUUGGUGGCGUCGAAAGAGAUCAGGCCAAGUCUCUACUCUACCAUACUUUCGCAGCGGAGCAAGGAGACACGCGCGCGGAAAUGACCCUCGCCUUUCGACACCAUGCUGGAAUUGCCACCUCAAAAGACUGCAACACGGCCGUCUCGUAUUAUAAGCGAGUUGCAGACAAGGCCAUGGACUACUGGAUGGCUGGCCCUCCUGGUGGAGCUAUGCUCCCUCGAAAUGCUUACCGCUGGGUGGAAAUCGAUGGUGGGUCAUACGGCGAAGGCGCCAGUGUGAGCAGCUCUGGACAAAAUGCUCCUGGUCGAGACAGCGUCACCGCAGCACAUGUAGACUACGUCUUGGACUAUCUGGAUAUGAAGGAACGACAGGGUGAUUACAAUGCCAUUUUCACCCUGGGAACCCAUUACUACGACGCCCCACGGGGAUACAAGCGCAACUUUCGAAAAGCACAGCGCCAAUUCAUGAAGGUGGCUCGCGCUUACUGGACAAAAGAUGGCAAAGUCAAUCCCAAGGCCCCCAAAGGAGUCGAGCGCAUCGCUGGCAAAGCUGCUGCCUACAUUGGCCGAAUGUUCCUGCGUGGCGAGGGCACAGAGCAGAAUUUUGAAAAGGCGCAGACCUGGCUGAAGCGAGGUGUUGCGAAUGGCGAUUCCUUUGCUCAAUAUCACAUGGGCUUGAUGUACAGAGAUGGACUUGGGGUACCCAAAGAUGGACCUCACGCUGGUAGCUAUCUGAAGGCAGCAGCCGAGCAAUCCCUCCCUCUCGCCCAAUCUGCUCUAGGGGUUCUCUUCCUCGACCAAGGAGACAUUGAUACGGCGGGUCGCUAUUUCGAGCUAGCCGCCUCAGCCGGCAUCAUGGAAGCCUAUUACUAUUUGGCAGAGUUAACAAACCAAGGCGUGGGCAGAGAGCGUAAUUGUGGCCUGGCCAGUGUCUACUACAAAGUAGUAGCUGAGCGGGCCGAGAUUCUCCACUCGUCGUUUCACGAAGCCAACGUCGCAUUUGAACGUGGCGAUUACGAGCGGGCUUUCAUCCCCAUGCUGAUGGCAGCGGAGCAGGGUUACGAAAAGGCCCAAGCCAACGUCGCAUAUCUUCUUGACAAGAAGACAUCCGUGUUACCCCGUCUACUGAAUCUAGGUAUCCCACUCCUAUCUCCAAGUCGACCAUCCACUUCUCGCAGCAAACUUCUCACAGACGCACAUCUGGCUCUCACCUACUUUACACGAUCUGCCAAACAAGACAACGUUGACUCUCUCUUGAAAAUGGGCGAUUACUAUCUCUCCUCAGGCACAGCAGCAGCUGCCCUAUCCUCGCCAUCACCAACAGCAAGUAACGACAAAUCUGACUCAGAAUCCGGCCCCGCUUUGUCGCCAAAUGCCAAUUCCAACCUCGAGAAAGCAGCUCAAUGCUAUACGACCGCUGCGGAAACCCAUCAUUCAGCACAAGCUCUCUGGAAUUUAGGCUGGAUGCACGAAAACGGUAUUGGAACGGUGACACAAGACUACCAUAUGGCGAAACGGUACUAUGACCUAGCACUGGAGAUGAACAAAGAAGCCACCUUCCCCGUCACUUUGGCACUGUGGAAAUUACGCGCCCGGUCUUGGUGGAACGGCGUCAGUGGCGGCAAAGUCAAUCCGAUCCGAGAAGACGAAGAUGAAAUCGGUAAGCGGCCCAAGACCUGGUCCGAAUGGAUUAAUCGCUUCUUGGACGCCGCGGAUGAAAUGGAUAUGAGAGAAAUGGAAGCUCAGGCCAGAGAGGCCGCUGAAGAGGAUGAAUUAUUAGGAUUUAAGGAUCCAGGCAUGCCUGGUGGUGAUGCCGAGUAUCGUGGUCAAGGCCACAGACAUGCAGCCGGUGGAGGCGGUGGCGCCAACGGCCAAGGCAGGAUUGAAGGCGAUGUCUACGGUGCAGAUGAAUGGGAUGAAUUCGAUGAUGGUCUUCUCGAGAGUCUGAUCAUCAUCGGCCUAGCCGGUGCGUUGGCAAUGUUGGUUUAUGCCAGGCAGGCAAGGCAGAGAGAGGGACAGAAUGAGAGACAGGGCAGGGGUCAACAGCCUCAACCUCCCCAGAUACAGCAUCCAGGAGGUCAGCAGGAUGGCCAGAACCAAGAUGCACAGCAUGAGCAGGAUCGACAGAACAAUGGCUUGUUCCCUCAACCGGGACAGCCAGAGUUCAAUAAUUGGGUCGCAGGUGGCAUUGGGCAUUGAAGCGUUUCUUAAAGGCUUGUCUUGAUAACUAGAGCAGCUAUCUUGAGUC